GCACAGGGCACCAGCGGCGGCAGGACCUCACGAAGGACCCCCAAGGCUCCUGAGCAGGGACCUGAGGUGCGGGUUAUGCUGGGGGCUCAGACAGCCGGGGACGACUGGACACUGAGGACAGCAUCAUGGGGGACGUGCAGGACCAUGAGGAAGUACUGGAGAUCCCAGAUCAGGACAGCGAAGACGAAUUGGAGGAGGUCAUAGAACAGAUAGCAUACAGAGACCUCGACAUCCCUGUGACCCAGAUGCAGGAGCCAGAAGCUCUUCCCACAGAGCCGACAGCCACAGACUACGUCCCAACCACCACCUCCACAUCACGCCAAAGCUCCAGUCAGGUCUAUGUGGAGCUGCAGGAACUGAUGAUGGACCAGAGGAACCAGGAGCUACAGUGGGUGGAGGCAGCGCACUGGAUAGGGCUGGAGGAAAACCUACGAGAGGAUGGUGUGUGGGGCCGCCCACAUCUGUCUUACCUCACCUUCUGGAGCCUUCUCGAACUGCAGAAAGUCUUCUCUAAAGGCACCGUCCUCCUGGACCUGGCAGAGACAUCCCUGGCUGGGGUGGCCAAUAAGCUCCUAGACAGCUUCAUCUUUGAUGACCAGAUUCGGCCUCAGGACCGAGACGAGCUGCUCCGGGCUCUGCUGCUCAAACGCAGCCGUGCUGAGGACCUAAAGGCUCUGGAGGGCGUGAAGCCUGCCGUCCUGACCCGCUCUGGAGGCCCUUCUGAGCCCCUCCUUCCCCAGGAACCAUCCCUGGAGACCAAGCUGUACUGUGGACAGGCAGAGGGGGACCCAGAAGGAUCCUCACCAUCUGGGAUUCUGAAGAUUCCCCCAGAUUCAGAAACCACUCUGAUCCUAGUGGGCUGUGCUAACUUUCUGGAGAAGUCUGUCCUGGGCCUCGUGAGGCUGAAGGAGGCUGUGCAGCUGGAGGACCUGGAGCUGCCAGAGCCUGUGCGCUUCCUUUUUGUUCUGCUGGGACCCGAGUCUCCCCACGUCAACUACACCCAGCUGGGCCGGGCUGCAGCCACCCUGAUGACAGAAAGAGUGUUCCGCACAACUGCCUACCUGGCACAGAGCCGAGGGGAACUAGUGAGCUCCUUGGAGGAUUUCCUGGACUGUAGCCUGGUACUGCCACCGACCGACGCCCCUUCAGAACAAGCUCUGCUCAACCUGGUACCCGUGCAGAAGGAACUGCUUAGAAGGCGCUACCUGCCCAGUGCCGCCAAGCCAGACCCUGCCUUAUACAAGACCCUAGACUUGAAUGGGGGCCCAGGAGGCCCCGGUGGUGUGGAUGACCCUCUACAGCGAACAGGCCGGAUCUUUGGAGGCCUGAUACGUGACAUCCGGCGCCGUUAUCCUUACUAUCUGAGUGACAUCACAGAUGCGCUCAGCCCCCAGGUCCUGGCUGCCGUCAUCUUCAUCUACUUUGCUGCCCUGUCACCUGCCGUUACCUUCGGUGGCCUCCUGGGAGAAAAGACCCGGAACCUGAUGGGAGUUUCGGAGCUGCUCAUCUCCACAGCAGUACAAGGCAUUCUCUUUGCUCUCCUGGCGGCACAGCCCCUGCUGGUGCUUGGCUUCUCGGGACCCCUGCUGGUGUUUGAGGAAGCCUUCUACUCGUUCUGUGAAGACAACAACCUGGAGUAUAUCGUGGGCCGCGCUUGGAUCGGAUUCUGGCUCAUUCUGUUGGUGUUGUUGGUGGUGGCCUUCGAAGGCAGCUUUCUGGUCCGAUUCAUCUCCCGCUACACCCAGGAGAUCUUCUCCUUCCUCAUCUCCCUCAUCUUCAUCUAUGAGACUUUCUCCAAGCUGAUCAAGAUUUUCCAGGACUACCCGCUACAACAGAUUUAUACCCCUGUUGUGAUGAAGCCCAAACCUCUGGGUCCCGUGCCCAACACAGCCCUCCUCUCCCUUGUGCUCAUGGCUGGUACCUUCUUACUUGCCAUGAUGCUGCGAAAGUUCAAGAACAGCACCUACUUCCCUGGCAAGCUGCGUAGAGUCAUCGGGGACUUCGGGGUCCCCAUCUCCAUCCUGAUAAUGGUCGUGGUGGAUUCCUUCAUCAAGGACACUUACACCCAGAAACUCUCAGUCCCUGAUGGCCUCAAAGUGUCCAAUGCCUCUGCCCGGGGCUGGGUCAUCCACCCUCUGGGUCUGUAUGGCAAGUUUCCCUUGUGGAUGAUGUUUGCUUCUGCCCUGCCUGCCCUGCUCGUCUUCAUCCUCAUAUUCCUUGAGUCUCAGAUCACCACGCUGAUUGUCAGCAAACCAGAGCGCAAGAUGAUCAAGGGAUCCGGCUUCCACCUGGACCUGCUGCUGGUCGUUGGCAUGGGUGGGGUGGCUGCCCUCUUUGGGAUGCCCUGGCUCAGUGCCACCACUGUGCGUUCUGUUACCCACGCUAACGCCCUCACAGUCAUGGGGAAAGCCAGUGGUCCAGGGGCUGCAGCUCAGGUCCAAGAGGUCAAGGAGCAGCGGAUCAGUGGGCUUCUGGUCUCUGUGCUUGUGGGUCUGUCCAUCCUAAUGGAGCCCAUCCUGUCCCGCAUCCCCCUGGCGGUGUUGUUCGGCAUCUUCCUGUACAUGGGAGUCACAUCCCUCAGUGGCAUCCAGCUCUUUGACCGCAUCUUACUUCUGUUCAAGCCACCCAAGUACCACCCCGAUGUCCCCUUUGUCAAGAGGGUGAAGACCUGGCGCAUGCACCUCUUCACGGUCAUCCAGAUCAUCUGCCUGGCAGCGCUGUGGGUGGUCAAGUCCACCCCUGCCUCUCUGGCCCUGCCCUUUGUCCUCAUCCUCACUGUGCCUCUGCGUCGCUUCCUGCUGCCCCUCAUCUUCAGUGGGCUGGAACUCCAGUGUCUGGAUGGUGACGAUGCCAAAGCGACCUUUGAUGAGGAGGAAGGUCUGGAUGAAUAUGACGAAGUGCCCAUGCCUGUGUGAGGGGCAGCCCAGGCCCCCAACCUUUCCACUUUCCCACCCUCCCAGGAAGAGCAUUUAUGGGUGGGGAAGGAAGAAGGGUUGUCUAGGUAACACUCUACCUAAGGCACACUGGACUUUCUGACCAAAGAUGACCAGAAGCCACGUCAGGGAGUUGGGGUCACAGUCUCUCGAGACUCUAUGGGUUCCAUGCUGGAAAAGUUAAGUCUGAGCCUCCUCUCUUCACGGCAUAGUUAUAAAUAGCAAAGGGGAGAUACAGAGGGCAGUUUUCAAGUCCCUGCUAGCUGCGUGGCCUUAUGUAAGCCCCUUGACCUCUCUGGCCUCUGCUUCCUGCUCUAUAAAAUGUAUACCAUGUUAAUAAUGCCCACAUAACCACAUGGUAUCUGAGGACCAGUGGCAAAUGUGAAAGGACCAUUCAACAGCUGUCCUCGUUUUCUGAGCCUGCCUGAGGUCACACAGCCUCUGGACUACACAGUGGGACUUGAGCCACGGCCUCCUGACCUGGAGGGCACGGCUCUGUCCUCCAUCUUCCACGCAUCCUCCUUCCCUGCUCAAAAAUACCCCUGACGACUUCCUCCCUUCCCUUCUCUGCCCCAGCCCCACGCCAAGACCCUCUCCUCUACACCCAGAGAGGCAUCCUGGUGAGAGUAAGGACCAAGUGAGGGACUGGGGCUCGGAUUCCUAAGUGCUUGUUCCCACCCGCCAGACACUCAUUCAUUCAUUCAUUCGUUCGUUCAUUCAUUCAUUCCAUAGCUACCUACUUAGGACCCUGAACCUGGAGUGCACAGAGAGGACGAGGUCAAGCCCCUACCUCGUUGUGGGGUCAUACACAAGUCUGCUCUGGACUUGGAUGGGGAUGGAGGGAGGACGGGAGGAUUAUAAUUUAUUAACUGUAUUUUCUUUUAUUAGUAUUUUUUGUUGUUUUUUUCCUUUUUUGGGUGGGCGUGGGUUGUUUUUUGUUUCGUUUUGUUUUGUUUUGUUUUCGAGACAGGGUUUCUCUGUGCAGCCCU